AUGAAGAUCAAUCGUGCUACGGUGCUGGUGGGCCGUAAGGUGGUGCUGGUCCCCUACCGUAAGCAGCAUGUGCCUCGCUAUCACGAAUGGAUGAAGGAUUCGACGAUCCAAGAGCAAACGGCUUCCGAGCCGCUUUCGCUCCAAGAAGAAUACGAGAUGCAGCAGUCGUGGGCGAUCGAUGAGGACAAGCUCACCUUCAUCAUCCUUGCACGACCCGAAGGUUUACAAAGCGAAGCAGGUGCGGAAGAGAUGAUCUCAGCAUGCAAGAUGGUCGGUGAUGUCAACAUCUUUUUCAAUCCGCGGCAUGAUGAGGAUGAGGAAGACCAAGAUGCGCCGACACAAGGCAAGCAGCAAGACCUCCCGCAAAGCAUGGCUUUCGACGCCGAGUGUGAGAUCAUGAUCGCAGAGCACGACUACCGUCGCAAAGGCAUCGCGCGCGAGGCAUUGCAGAUGAUGAUCUCCUUCGUCACAUCGGAUCCGACUCCGAAGGCUUCAUCACCAUCAGAUACAUCAGCAGGUAGCUCUACCGCUGACCCCGACGCAUCUUCCACCGCUUCGCAAGACCGGGAAAUCCACUGCACCCUGCCGAUACCCUUCGAGUGGCUCACCUGCAAAAUCUCUCUCAGCAACGACCCCUCUAUCAACCUGUUCGAGUCGCUCGGCUUCACCCGCCACAAGGUCAGCCAAGUCUGGAAAGAAGUCGAGAUGCGAUUCACCAGCAGCGAUGUGACGCUCGUUCAGCAGUGCCACUCGUCGAUCGAACAGGGUCUCUUUUGGCCGCAAGAAUAG